AUGGCAAAAGUAUAUUCCUUUGACUCUCAAUAAACAAUUAAUUCUGAUGAAGAUGAUAAAUAAAUUGAUGUGCAAACAUUUCCUACUACCUUUUUUUCAUUUAGUGAAACAAGUACACAAUCACUCGCAAGUAUUGAAUCAGCCAAUUAACCAAUAUCAUCUCCAAAAUAUAAAUUUAUGGGUGGACAUUAUAUUUAAGAAUCUCAAGAAUAGAGUAAUGUAAUUAGUACUUUUAAAUAAUAAAACCUUGUUUAAACUCAUCAUAACUUAAACAUCUAAACAAAAAAAUACUCUUCCCUUGAAUGUCAAAAUAAUAAAAUUACUAAUAGAAAUCAGUAAACUAUUAUCUAGAAAAAAAACAAUCUUUAUCCUUAAACACAAAGAAAUUCAUAAGAAAAGAAAAUUAAUAAAUCUUAAGAGAGGUAAAAGAUGUCACUGACACCUAGAUCUAAGAAAUAAUAUGAGAAUAAAUAUAUGCCAAAUAAAUUAAAUGGUAUUUUAAAAGUAAGUUGCUCCAAAACUUCCCUAAAUGGAAAUUCUAAAAUUCAACCCAAUUUUGAUCUAUUUUUAGGAAGUCCUUCAAAUAAAAAUGUUUCUUUUUUAUUUACUAUGGAAUAAAUCAAAACUAUGAGAAAAAAUAACAAAUCAAAUAUAUUUAAUGUACCAAUUAAAAAGAAUACCAAGCUUUUUCUUGUUUGA